ACGCAGACCCAAAUACUCCAUAAAACUUGAAUGAGUGACGCGUGGCCCAUUCACAGAGUCGAAAGAACAAACAAGGAAGGAGGAAUACAAAAGCAAGGCAGUUGGGAUCCGUAAAGUCGCACCUUUUUACGUUCUCAGAAUAAUUCAGCUGAAAACAAGGACCCAAUAACCCCAUACACAACAACAAUAGAAUUGCAUAUUACACAAUUGCUUAACUUUUCUUUCUCAUACACAACAACAACACCACUCUCUCUCAUUCUCUCUGUGCUUGUUCUACUUUGUUUGGCUUUUAUUUUUUUGAUAGGAUAUAUCUGUGGGAGAGGGAAAUGGGGAGGAGUAUGAUGGGGUAUUUGGCCAUGAAGACUGAUCUGGCCACGGCCGAAUUGAUCAAUUCCGACAUCGAUGAGCUCAAGAUCGCUGCUAAGCGCCUCCUUAACCACGCCACCAAUCUCGUUGGCCUUGGCUUCGGCACUAGCUUACUCAAAUGGGUUGCCUCCUUUGCGGCUAUUUACUUGUUGAUUUUGGACCGAACGAAUUGGAGAACAAACAUGCUGACUUCACUUCUAGUCCCUUAUAUUUUCUUUAGUCUUCCUUCGGCUUUGUUCAGCUUCCUAAGAGGAGAUUUUGGGAAAUGGGUUGCUUUCAUUGCAGUUGUACUGAGGCUUUUCUUCCCUCGACAUUUCCCAGACUGGCUGGAGAUGCCUGGGUCAUUGAUUCUUCUUCUGGUUGUUGCUCCCAACUUCUUUGCACAAAGCCUAAGGAACAGCUGGGUAGGUGUCGCUAUAUGUCUUAUCAUCGGUUGUUACCUGCUGCAAGAGCACAUCAGGGCAUCUGGUGGAUUCAGAAAUUCCUUCACUCAAAGCCAUGGUGUAUCAAACACUCUAGGGAUUAUCCUCUUGUUAGUAUAUCCAGUCUGGGCACUGGUACUCCACUUCAUCUAGGCUUUAUCAUAGCCCUCAUCUGUGAACUGUCUUUUGGUCCAGAAUUUGAAAUAUUAAGUUAUUAUUUGUAUUAGAUGUCAUGUUAUUUAGUAAUCAUAUGUUAGAUGAACCAAUUUACUGGCAAUAGCAACUUUGCUUUGUUAUCUUAACUUGGGUUGUGAUUCAACCCUGUGGAAUGUAGUAGAACUCUCCCACUCCAGUCCUUGCUGAUUUGAAAUGAUCAUUUAUCAGUAUC